CUUUCAAAGUCACUAAUGAAGGAAUGUGUUGUCAUUUUUCUCAGGAUUUCCACCUACAGUUUCAGGAGAACUUCACUCAGUCGUCCAUCCUUGUGUGGAGAGGAUUUAAGUUUUUCCUCUUCAAGCCUGGCAGAAUCGACAGCAGGCCUCCACCUGCAGAAACUCAGAGCAGAGUCAAACAUCCAUCAGGAUCAGACGAUGAGGAGCGGAGUGGGGCUGUGUGUGCUGGGCCUCCUGUGCCUCCACAGCUCAGUCUUUGGGCAGGAUGCAAUUGAGGUCCAGCCCGGCGUCCUGAUCUUCUGUGACGACCCAUCGGUAGAGAAGGCUGUCAACAGCGCUGUGCACAAGUUCAAUGAGAGGUUGAGCACCGGACACAAGCUGGCACUCUUUCAGAUACUAACAGCCAGCAAGUCAGAGAGUGGCUCAGACUCGGUGUACUCGCUGCAGUUCACCAGCAGGAGGAGUGACUGUCUAGCUGAGGGCAACACACCCUGGACAGACUGCAACUAUUCUCUUUUUGGACGCAGGAAGCCAAUUUCAUGCAAUGCCACAGUCUACAUGACAGAGACCAAAGCAGACACUAGAGAGGUGGACUGCCUGCUCGAUGAUUACAUCAUUCCAGAGAAAGCUUCCUGCUUGGGAUGCCCUGUGGACAUUGAUGAGAACUCAGAGGAUCUUAAGGGUCCUCUUUCCGUCUCCAUCUCCAAGUAUAACUCGAUCUCUGACUCUACUCACCUGUUCACCCUGCACAAUGUCGGCCCCGCCACCAGACAGGUGGUUGCAGGUUUCAGGUUCAAGCUGAGAUUUGAUAUGAAGAAGACCACCUGCGCCAAGGCCGAACACAAGGACCUCAAUGAUCUCUGUGUCCCUGAUGAAGAGAAUUUGGAGUUUGCUAACUGUAACUCUACAGUGGAUGUCGCACCAUGGAGACUUGAGCCCCCACAGGCCCAGAUACAGUGUGAACCAGGGGCACUACCCUCGGUGUUCACCAGGCGCCGUCCUCCUGGCUGGUCUCCACUUAGGAACAUUCUGUUGGAACGUGGCUCCCCCUCCUCAUCUCCAUCCACAGCAACCCCCUCCAAGGCUUCAGCUAAAAAAGAAUCUUCUGAGGAGGACACCACAGUCUCCAAACUGCCCGUCUUCUCUGAUGUGGCCCCGGAAGCUGUGAAUGACAACCCCUUCCACUGCCCGUCCAAGCCCUGGAAACCUUUCAAUCCAGUCGAUCUUGCGAUGCCUGCAGCUCCUACGAAGGCAACCAUAGAGGUGGCCUCCCCACAGCCUACAGCAGACUAGACAGGGCCUUCAGUAAUACAGACCUGGUGGCAUAAGGUUUUCCUCAAGAGAACCACAUUUGUAUUCAAAAUAAUCUUAUUUGUCAUGCUCUCCCAACAGAUGUUUGUUGUUUUUGGUAUUUUGUAGACUAGUCCUCAAUUAUACUGGGGUGCAUUGCAGGGAUCUUCAGGGGUGUUACGCAGAUUUAAAACUAUAAAAGCAAAAGGGUUAAGUUAAUAAAAUGACCAGUUUAGGUGGGAAAAAAGAAAAAGCAACACAUUGUUUGGCCCUGUAAUUCAUCAGAAAGCACUGGGGCGAAAAAAAGACUGAAAUGAUGAGAGCCUGAUGCUGUUAUCAUAUUAAUUGCUGGUUAAGAGAGGAAAACCGGUGUCAGUUUGAUGUCAGUUUCCUUUGAGUAAAUCAAAGUAAUGAGUGAUUACAUGCCUUCAGUGUCCAUUUAUUAAAGAUGUGAGAAAAUGGAAAAAAGCACAAUGGAAAUCUGCCACUCAAAGGGAAAAAUCUGCAAGAAAAUAAAAUUAAACUUUGUUCUGUG